AUGCCGGAGCUCGAUCUCUUCCUUGAUAUCACAGCGCCAAACGGUCGCAAGUAUAAACAGCCUACGGGUUUGUUUAUCGACAAUGAAUUUGUGAAGUCUACGUCUGGGCAGACUAUUGCGUCUAUUGAUCCUGCCACCACCCGUGAAAUCGCUUCGGUCUACGCAGCUGGGGCCGAGGACGUCGACAAGGCAGUCAAUGCCGCCAAAGCUGCCUUGAAGGAUGAUUCAUGGAAGCUCCUCCCCGCCACAGACCGAGGAAUGUUGAUGGGUCGGUUGGCCGACUUAAUAGAGCAGAAUAAGGAGCUGUUCGCUACGAUUGACGCGUGGGAUAACGGAAAACCAUACCAUGUUGCGCUGAGCGAGGACCUGGUGGAAGCCAUUAGCACCUUCCGGUACUACAGUGGCUGGGCCGAUAAGACGUUCGGUCAGACGAUCAACACAACCCCCCAGAAGUUCGCCUACACAAUCAGACAGCCCAUCGGUGUGGUCGGUCAGAUCAUCCCAUGGAACUACCCGCUGUCCAUGGCAGCCUGGAAGCUGGGGCCUGCUCUGGCUUGUGGCAACACGGUUGUGAUUAAGGCUGCCGAGCAGACGCCCUUGAGCAUUCUGGUUCUGGGAACCUUGAUCAAGGAAGCCGGCUUCCCGAAGGGUGUUGUGAAUAUCAUCAAUGGAUACGGUCGCGAGGCCGGUGCCGCUCUGGUGCAGCACCCUUUGGUUGAUAAGGUGGCGUUUACGGGCUCCACUGCUACGGCGCGAGUGAUUAUGAAGAUGGCUGCGGGCAGCCUGAAGAAUAUUACUCUGGAGACGGGAGGAAAGUCGCCCCUGAUUGUGUUCAACGAUACCGACAUGGAGCAGGCCGUGAAAUGGUCCCAUUUCGGUAUCAUGUCCAACCAAGGCCAGAUUUGCACGGCUACGUCGCGGAUCUUGGUCCAGAAGGACAUUUACGAUACCUUUGUUGAGCAGUUCAAGGGCGCUAUUCAGACCACAUCGAAGAUCGGAGAUCAGUGGGAUGAGAGCACCUUCCAAGGACCCCAGGUGACUCGCGCUCAAUACGAUAGGGUGCUCGAGUACAUUCAAGUGGGCAUUUCGGAGGGCGCGACGGUGGCUUCCGGAGGAGGUCCUCACCCACCCAACAGCAACGGAGAGUCGGGAUACUAUGUUCGCCCGACUGUUUUCACAAAUGUUACGGACUCGAUGCGUAUCUAUCGGGAGGAGAUCUUUGGGCCCGUGGUUGUCAUUGUGCCAUUUGAGACGGAGGAAGAAGCCAUUCGGCGUGCAAAUGAUACCACUUAUGGCCUUGGUGCGGCUGUCUUCACAAAGGAUCUUGAGCGUGCCCACCGCGUUGCAGCUGAGAUUGAGUCCGGUAUGGUCUGGAUCAACAGCAGCCAGGACUGCGAUCCUCGGGUACCGUUCGGAGGGGUGAAGCAGAGUGGAAUUGGGCGAGAAUUAGGUGAAGCUGGACUUGAGGCGUAUAGCCAGGUGAAGGCUGUACAUGUUAAUAUGGGAAACAAACUGUAG